GAAGCUUCUAGCUGAAAAUGGAGUUUGCGAUGGUGGGAGCGGACGGCGGGUGCAACAGCCACCUGCCGUACGGGUACGCCCAAGCCCGCGCCCGGGAGAGGGAGCGAGAGAGGGAGCGCCAGGCGGCCCAGUCCAGAGCGGCGGCUGCGGCGGCGGCCGAGAGCGGAUCCGGAGCGGAUGGGGGAGGCGGCGGCUCUGAGGGGUCCACAUCUUCAUCCACCACCUCAUCGGGCGCGCAUCUCCUCAACAACCGCCAGCAUCCGUCUCGCGCCGCCUCCUCCAGCGCCAACAUCAGCAGCUCCUCCUCCUCCUCUUCCUCCUCCUCCUCCUCCUUCUCCUCCUCCACUCAGCACCCCGAGAAGCAGAGACUCCUCAGAGAGCGCAAAAAGCAACGCGGCGUCGGACGCUGGAGACGCAGCCGGACCACUCUCGGCGGGGACCUGCGCCACUCCGAACUGGCGCUGCUCGGAUCCGAGGAGGACAUCAUGAUCGAAGAGGAAGAGUGCGCCGAGGAAGAGGGGGAGGACGACGAGGAGGACGACGAGGAGGAGCGGGGAAUCAAGCGCUCCGGUUUUUUGUGCCACAUGGAUGACGACGAUGAUGAUGAUGAUGAUGAUGACGACGACGACGAGACCAUCUCGAUUACCGACAGACGUCCUCAGUCCGGAUAUGCGAAUGUUUACAGCGAGUUGGGCUGCUGCGAGAGAGUUGUCAUCAACGUGUCGGGCCUCAAGUUUGAAACUCAGCUCAAGACUCUCAGUCAGUUCCCGGACACGCUCCUGGGGGACCCAGACAAGCGCAUCCGCUACUUCGACCCGCUGAGGAACGAGUACUUCUUCGAUCGCAACAGACCGAGUUUUGACGCGAUUCUGUACUACUACCAGUCCGGGGGCCGCUUGAAAAGACCCGCCAACGUCCCUUUUGACAUCUUCUCCGAGGAGGUGAAGUUUUACGAACUCGGACAGGAGGCCAUUGUGAAGUUUCGAGAGGACGAGGGUUUCGUCAAAGAGGAGGAGAAGCCUCUGCCGGAGGACGAGUUCAAGCGGCAAAUUUGGUUGCUGUUCGAGUACCCGGAGAGCUCCAGUCCGGCCCGAGGCAUCGCGGUGGUGUCCGUGCUGGUCAUCGUCAUCUCCAUCGUCAUCUUCUGCCUGGAGACGCUGCCCGAGUUCAGGGACGACAAGGAGUACUUGCAGCCCCGACACAACUCCACGCAGCCGGACCGCGGCUUCACCCCCUUCAACGACCCCUUUUUCAUCGUGGAGACCGUGUGCAUCAUUUGGUUCUCCUUUGAGAUCGUAGUGCGCUUCUUCGCGUGCCCCAGCAAAACGGCGUUCUUUAAGAACAUCAUGAACUCCAUUGACAUUGUUUCCAUUCUGCCUUACUUCAUCACCCUGGGCACGGACCUGGCGCAGCACCAAGGCAACGGGCAGCAGGCGAUGAGCUUCGCCAUCCUGAGAAUCAUCCGGCUGGUGAGGGUGUUCCGCAUCUUCAAGCUGUCCAGACACUCCAAGGGCCUCCAGAUCCUGGGCCACACUCUGCGCGCCAGCAUGAGGGAGCUGGCCCUGCUCAUCUUCUUCCUGGUCAUCGGCGUCAUCCUCUUCUCCAGCGCCGUUUACUUCGCCGAGGCGGACGAGCCCACCUCGCAGUUCACCAGCAUCCCGGACGCCUUCUGGUGGGCCGUGGUGACUAUGACCACGGUGGGCUACGGGGACAUGAAGCCCAUCACCGUGGGUGGCAAGAUCGUGGGCUCCCUGUGCGCCAUAGCUGGCGUCUUAACUAUCGCGCUCCCGGUGCCGGUCAUAGUGUCGAACUUCAACUACUUUUACCACCGCGAGACCGACAACAACGAAGACCAGGCGCAACCGGCGGUCGAGAGCAUGCCGCCCGGAUGCCCCUACUUCCCGGACUUUUUGCGCCAAUUGAAAGGCUCGCCGUCCGGCUCCUCGCUGGGGGACAAAGCCGAGUACAUGGAGAUGGAAGAAGGGGUGACGGAGUCAUUGUGCGGCCUGGACAAGAGCCCCAGUAAAGGCAACAACGGCACAGACAUAAGCAGAAGGAACAGCACUAACUCCAAAUCCAUUCAGACUGACGUGUGAUUACAAAUAUUUUUAUUUUCCCGGAGGAAAAAAAAAAACAAACAAAAAAAGACACAUUUAAUAUAUAUUGUUAGUCACCCAAACAAGUUUGACGCACGGGUCGUGAAGAGCUCCCCCUUCGCCCAACUCCUUCUCCUUCUCCUUCUCCUUCUCCUCCUCCUCCUCCUCCUCUCUUCAUGCGCUUAGAGGUCACCAUGGUUACCAGGUCACACAAGUUCCAAACACAGCUUGCCCACAACGCGAAGACCGAUAUAUGUCACAUGGCUCAUUGAUUUAGAGAGUCUAACUUUUGCUGGCUUCCAAAUUAGACAUAUGAUGAUGGCAUUAUAGAAAAGAUAGGCUCUGCACUCGCACUUUAUGAGUUGAAUCUAUCCAUAGCAGGAAUAAUAUCGAUAGUCAAUUUGUUCUUAUACAAUAAAGCCUCGUUUUGUUUGCACUCAAGAGGAAUUUGUGCUGGAUUAACAUAUUUUUAGAAACAACUAGAUAUUCUUCCAUCAUUUAAAAAAUAUUCAAACAGACUUUUUGAAAAGAGUUGAAUUUUAUGAACCCCUGCCAAUGAAAAUGAAUCUCCUACCCCAAUUGAAAACUUCAUAAAAAUUCAUUAUUAAAGUUAACACUCUUCUUAGAUCUCCAAGCCUGUAUAAAGCGAAGCUCAAUGAAAGGGCAGUGCAUUUAGCAGUCAUCACAUAAACCAGGGCUAGAAAUAAUCAUGUUGUACUGUGCACCCAUUAUGAGAGCUAAGCACAGAAUCAGGAGGAAGGACUUUUCCCUCCAUGUUUUGUAAUGGAUAGGCCUCAACAUAUGACGUCAGUGUCCCCCAAAACCCCCAAAUGAUAAUAUCCCUUUACAUGGACACAAAUGGAACACUGAAGCAAAAAAGACUCCAUUGAAGAAAUUACCUGUGAGGGUGUUGUGAGCAACUUCCCCAUGUUACCUGGAUUGGUGUACAUUUUUCUUUUUAAUUUUUUUAUUUUGAUUUUUAUUUUUAUUUUUUUUACUCAAGAGGACAGUGACUAUCUCAUCUGAAUGUGGAUGUCUUCCAAGCUCUGCCAGUUACAGGGCGUAAACCCAGCAUCUCUGGAAGUGGCAGAGAACCAACACAACAUUGUGACCGCGAUGGUGGCUAUGAGUGGACACUGAAGAAGAACAACAGCUGGAGGGGACUCAACAACAAGAGGGGCAUGUGGGGGUGGAACUACUACUUUCUGAAAUAGGUAAACAAACCCUACAGGGUUGACUAAAUGACUGAGCUGUGGCCCAGAAUGAUUGCCUUAAUUACCACACAUAUACAGAUGUACGACACGAUGAGACUUACUGUACACUAGGCUGUUUUCUUUACACGUGGAAAAAAUGUCUUGUAAGAAAGAGGUGUGAAUAUUUUAAUAUGCUAGAGAAUAACAUUUGGUGACAAUGUCAAAAGGGGGUGUUAGCGAGGUGUUAUUAAAUGGUAAGGUGUCGCUCUGCUUACUGUAUGUGCAGCCAGCUGAAUGGCUUACCGUUUUUAUUGUCUUUCGUAUUGUCAUCCAAACAAGGGUGACCUGAGUUGCUGUUUUUCCUCAUCCAACUCAUGUCCUAACAUUAAAAUUCUCAUUGAUAAUUUGUUUUUAGGGCUAGAAGAUAAAUUGGUAUCACGUUGUCAAGUGCAUUAACAUCCACUCUCACUUAAACAAAGAUGUCAGGCACAUAAACCCAACCAUAAAUAUCUUCUGUCCCAGAUGAUGGAAGACACCCGACAGCACGGUAGCCAAGUUUCACUCUCUUAAAGACACUACACCUUGGGUUGUUCUCAGAUGCAAACAACAAAUGGACCAGCUGCUUUGUUGACUUGUUUCCAAUUUUAAGUGUAUGCAAAGUAACAUGAACAUGUGUUCUCUAUUUUUUUAAACCUAGCCUUGAUGAAUACAUAACCAAAGGUGAAACCCUGAAUUUAUCGUAUGUUGUGCUCAAAUGUUGUGUUAUAGAUGCACACCAAACAGGAGACAAUGUAGAUAGCAGACAUUUAUACUUGUGUGUGUUGAGAUGUGUUGCAGAGUCAUUUGAGACUUUCAAGCUUUAUUUGACUGUUACGACCAUCAAUCAUAAUAAUCAUCUGUGUUUGUUUGCCCCUGACUGAUACGACGAUCAUGCUACUCAUAUUAUUGUGAAUGCUGCUCUUACACUCCUAAUUUCUUCUUUUGUUCUAUUUAUUUAUUCUUGAAACAUAGCUCAUCAAAAAGUCAUUAUUUGAAAACACGAGAUUGCUAAUGUUGUUUGGGCACUGAGGAGCUGAAUUGCCUCUUACCCCUCUGAUGUUGUCCACUCACAUGCCUGUUUUGCAUUCAUAACUGUAUCUUCAGUUGUAUUUGGUUUCAUUUUACAUAUUGUGUUAAUUAUACUGGCACUUAAUAAGCUUGGAUUUAGAGUUUAUUAAGAUUGAUUUUCCCUCCUUUACAGGAAAUCCAAAGUACACACUACUGCUCUUUAUUUGAAGACUUCCUAUCUGUAAUUACCUUACUGCUUGUAUCUGUGGGGGAAUGGAAAGCUAUUCGCUGAAUGUUCCUGUUGUUUCCAGAGUGUCAUAAAAACUUGCACCCAUACAGGUUAGCCACAGUAGUUUUACAAUUGAUGUCAGUGGUUGUUGUUGUAAAUGAUCCUACAAGGAGGAUGUUAUUAUUGGGAAGUACAGUAGAUUUACUUUAUAUUGCCACUCCAGCUGGUUUAAUGGCAGAGCUUUUGGAUUAACUUGUUGGACAAAAAAUAAAAAAUAGUAUCGGAAAGGUAUUUAGGAGUAAAGUGAACAAAUGCUGUCAUUCUACAAGUUAGGAGAACUAAAAUCCUGUUUAUCAAGUGUCUAAAAUGCUAUAACAAAGAGAUUAGAUUCAGUCAUAUAUUUGUAAACUAUUGAAUAAUGUGCACUGUAGACCCUUUACUAUAUGAGAAUAUGAAUCGAUUAAACAGACAGGAAUUUGAUGAUAUCAAAGAAAAAGUAUGAUGUUUUUUGGAAAACAUACAUAUAAACAUACAAUAUUUGCUUUGAACAUACUAACUGAUAAACAACGAGCAUUAUAUAGAUUAUUAGCACACCCGUAUGCAUAUGCUGCAUUCGUGAAAACUCGGAAAUUGGGAUUUUUUUACCUCUGGCACUGCAAUGUGCAUUGGAGAACCCCGCUUGAAGUUGUUCCUAUGUCGGAAGAGAUGCAGCACUGCACAUGGACAGGCAAUAAUAUACAGUGAGCUAACUAUUUAUCUGUUUGGAUUGGUUUCAUUAUCUUGAUAUAUCUCUGCUUCAUAAAGUUACUCAGUAAAAUUGAGGUAUGACUUGUAAUUUCCAAGAGGGAAAUUCCCAGCCUCCCAGCAGUCUC